AGGUAUAAAGAGCAGCUGGCAGCGGGCGGGACAGAGCAGGCUGUGUUGGUGGAGACACUUUACUCGUCCCGGGACACUGCGCAGGAAUUACAGUGUGUCUGGAGCCUUGUUGACACGCAAUAAAAGUACAGCAUCCUACACCAGAACCAACUAUUUAUAACAUCUGGAGCAACAUGAGAGAGUGCAUCUCUAUCCAUGUGGGCCAGGCAGGUGUCCAGACAGGAAACGCCUGCUGGGAGCUCUUCUGCCUUGAGCACGGCGUCGGUCCUGAUGGCGUCUUCCUGGACGGUCCUGCAGAACCAAACUCACGAGAAGAUCCGUUCAACACUUUCUUCAAUACUGGGAGCUCCGGGCGUCAUGUUCCACGGGCCAUAUAUGUAGACCUGGAGCCCACAGUGGUUGAUGAAGUGAGGGUUGGAAAGUACAAAGAGCUCUUCCACCCUGAGCAGCUGAUCUCUGGAAAGGAGGACGCAGCCAACAACUACGCUCGUGGCCAUUACACUGUCGGGAAAGAAAUCAUUGAUGGAGUCAUGGAGCGCGUCCGUAAAAUGACGGACCAGUGCUCAGGCCUGCAGGGGUUCCUCGUCUUUCACAGUUUUGGAGGUGGCACCGGCUCUGGCUUCACCUCUCUGCUGAUGGAGCGUCUCUCUGUCGACUACGGCAAGAAAUCCAAGUUGGAGUUUGCUGUCUACCCAGCUCCCCAGGUUUCCACAGCUGUGGUGGAGCCCUACAAUGCCAUCCUGACCACUCACACCACCUUAGAGCACUCUGACUGCGCUUUCAUGGUGGACAACGAGGCCAUCUAUGACAUAUGUCACCGCAACAUGGACAUUGAGAGUCCCGGCUACAUCAACCUCAACAGAUUGAUCGGUCAGAUCGUUUCCUCCAUCACUGCCUCCCUUCGUUUCGAUGGUGCCCUGAAUGUCGACCUGAUGGAGUUCCAGACCAACCUGGUGCCAUUCCCGCGUAUCCACUUCCCUCUGGUUACUUACGCGCCCAUCAUCUCUGCUGAGAAGGCCUACCACGAGCAGCUGACUGUGUCAGAGAUCACAAGCGCCUGCUUUGAGCCGACCAAUCAGAUGGUCAAGUGUGAUCCUCGCCAUGGCAAGUACAUGGCGUGCUGCAUGCUGUACCGAGGCGACGUCGUCCCUAAGGAUGUAAACGCUGCCAUUGCAAACAUAAAAACCAGACGCUCCAUUCAAUUUGUUGACUGGUGCCCCACUGGUUUCAAGGUGGGCAUUAAUUACCAGCCUCCAACUGCUGUUCCUGAUGGAGACCUGGCUAAAGUCCAGAGGGCUGUGUGCAUGCUGAGCAACACCACUGCCAUUGCAGAGGCCUGGUCUCGCCUCGACCACAAGUUCGACCUCAUGUAUGCUAAGCGUGCGUUCGUCCACUGGUAUGUGGGUGAAGGCAUGGAGGAGGGAGAGUUUGCAGAGGCCAGAGAGGACCUGGCCUGUCUGGAAAAGGAUUACGAGGAGCUGGGUCAAAUGAGUCCCGACUCUGACGAUGAGGGUCAAGAAUACUGAGCUUUGUGAGGCUUUGAGCUGGGAUGGCUGCACAGCAAUGAUUUUAUCCUGUAAUGAGUCAAUAUUUUAGUGUGUAUCUUUUAAGCUAAGACUUAAACAAACUGAUGGUCUUUCUUGCAGCCUUGGUUUUAUAAUGUCAGCUUUGGAAGAGGAAGACAAGCCACUCUAAGUGGUAUUUGAAUUGUGCUUUGAAAUAAACUGUCUUUUCAUAUUCUGAAACAAAUCCAGCUGCAUGUCACUCCUCUCCCUCUCUUCAUAUUUCCUGUCUGCCUCACUGUAUAGACCACUGAAUAAAGUCAAACAUGCCCAAUUGCCUUAAGACGAACGUGCAAGCAAGCUAACAAUAAUAACCUUUUAAUAAAAUAAUUAGGUAAAAUGAAAACCUUCUGAAAUACAGGCUUCACCCUUGUGUUUUGUUCGUAUUUACUUCUCAUUGUUCGGGGUCUGCAUGAUGACAUGAUAAAUGGUUUCUGAUCAAUUACACCUCAAUAACAGAUUUCUAAGUAGACUUAUUUGGGAGGGUUUGCGUAGUGUAAA